UUCAUUUCAAUGAAAGACCAAAUAUGUUUUUCAAAUACAUACUGUAUGUAAUCAGUACACUGUAUAGCGUAUGUUAUCACACUGACCAAAAUGUACACAUUUUCGUCUGGAGAUGUAAGUUGAAAAAUUCCCAGGUUAUGUUGAUUAACAACUACUUCUCUGGAUAUUAUUUGCCAUUGAUUACUCAGAUUUUGUAGUAUGGAUUCAUACUGUGUAACUGCUGGAGGGAUUAAAAAGAUUAUAUUUGGGAAAGGCACAAGAUUACAAAUUCAAUCCAGGGAGAGCAAGGAACCAUCUUACUAUCAGUUGAAAAACAAUGAAACAACAGCUUGUCUGGCAACAGAUUUCAGCUCAUUCAAUUCGACUCAAGUCGACACAAGCAUAUUUAAUAAUGAAGCCACCAGAAUGAAGGAGGACCCGUACUACAGCCAGGUUGCUCUAAACAAAAAAUGCCCCUAUAACAAUAAUCAAACGUGUACAGCAGAUGGUAUUGAAUCAGAUGGAAAGACCAGAUUCCUAUCACUGACCAUUCUGGGCCUGAGAAUCCUGUUUGUGAAGACCAUCAUUUUCAAUGUGCUGAUGACUCUUCGGGUGUGGAUGAGCUAGAAUACAGCAGUCUGUCAAAGAAGACAAUAACAUUCACCCCAUCUAUUUGGAAGCAUAGAGAUGUUAUUUGCCAUAAUUGUAAUUUUCUUCUGUAAUAUUAUGUAGUAUUCUAAAAAGCAAAGUUAAUGUUUAGUGUAUGUUUAUAGUUCUAUUGAGAAACACGUUUUAUUUGUCAUUUGCUAAUUAAGAGGACUACUGUGUUGUACAGUAAAAAAAACAAAGUAUGUUGGUAUAUAUGUUUUUUCCCCCUCUUCAACUGUUAUUUUCAUUUUUGUCUGGACAUUUCACCUUCUGAAAUCGUAAUGCUUAAUCUGAUUAUUCUGUAUUUACAGUGAACUGUCAAUUGUUUAACAACUAAUCCAAGCAUCCUUCAUACUCUGUGUGUACACACUGAUGUAUACAUUCAUUUGUAUGUAGUAAAAAUGAUUUAAAAUGUCUUAGUUUGUAUAUCAGCCAUAAAUGUGUUUUUGAACUUUUCUGUUUUGAUGAAAAUAUUUCUACAAUUAAAUAAAAUAAGAAUUUGAAGCUA